GCAGCUUCUGCGGUUGCCAUAGGAACGGCUCUCCUUUUUUCCCCACCCCCUCGCUCCCGCCCCGCCCCUUUCUGGGCUUUCCGAGGCUUUCUGGGCGGCGGGGGCGUCUUCGGCAGGACAUGUCCCUGUCGUGCUUCUUUAACCCGCUUCAUGGCUGCUUGCUCCACGCCGAUGGCCACGGGGAAGUCUGGACGGACUGGAACAGCACGUCCAAGUUCUUCCAGUAUGGCUGGAGGUGCACCACCAACGAGGACAUGUACGCCAACAAGACCCUCUUGGGGAACUGGAACGAGGAGCGUUACGACAUCCAGAAGAGGAGGCAGCUCCAACCUCUCCCUUCCCAGUACACGCACUAUUUCGAGUCCACGUACGCGUCCGACUAUUCCAAGGAAAAGCCUCGCAGAUUGAGAAGGGUGACGCGAGAGCCUCACUGGUUCCCCGGACACCAGCCUGAGCUGGAGCCUCCUCCGAUCAAGCCCACCGCUCGGUCGUGCUACAUGAUCGAUUACGAGCCUCCGCACGGCAGGGCAGCCUGCUCCUUGGCCGAAGGGAAGCCCAAGGAGGCAGCGGAGGCGCCGCUGAAGCAGUAGGCCGCUGCUCCAGGAUCUCCUGGGGCUGGAAAAUCUCUGCCAGGGAGGGGUCUCCUCGCCCCACCACCAAGAUUGGAAGCGUGGCGGAUGGGCAGCCGUUCCUAAAAUAAAAGAAAUGCCCGCCAGGAGAGUCCCCGACCCCUUCGUGUUUCCGUUUCUGGUUCCUUCCUAGUUCUGUGUGUGACUCUCUUCGCGGUUCCACAGCUGGAUUAAUCCCUCCAUUCAGGACCGAGCCUUAGCUAAGAUUGACGCGGGCGAUGAAGACUGAGGGGAGAAGCUGCCCCGCUGUUUAUUUGUUACUAAAGAAACUCUCGUGCCUAUCUUUGCACAGGGAAAUAAAGAAAGAAGAAUCGA